AGGUUUCUUUACGUACAGACAGCUCUUUACGUAGGUUUCUUUACGUACGGACAGCUCUUUACGUAGGUUUCUUUACGCACGGACAGCUCGGCAGAACGUUAGCAACCCUUUGGAGUCCUUAGCAACGGUACGGACGAGACGUUGUGUUUGUGCUUUUGUCACGAAAAACUUAAUAAAAUAAACCUUUAAGACGUUUAUUUAUUCAUUAAGUUGUAAAAAUCUGUUUUUAAUAAAUGGAAGAAACAAAGAAACACAAACGGGUUUUCGUGAACGACGUGGACAGAUAUUCUUCGCAGCACAUCGCGAAGUUUUUGUCAACAUGUGAAGCUGGAGAUCUGUCUGAAGAUGAAGAAACUGGACCGGAAGUUGCGUUUCAGGUCGUUGGAACCGUUUCCUCACCUGAGAAGUUAGACUUCCUGCACCAACAGUAUGAU